ACACUUGGCAUAGUCACUUUCUAAGUUGAGUUUAACAGCCAGGGUACAUUAUGAAUUGUAUACGACUAGUCAAUCUACAUUUUGUAAGGCAGUAGAUAGUAUUCGGUAGGCUUCUGUAAAAAAAGUGCCAACCAAAAAAAUAUUGCCUUUUGCACAACCGACGUGUCAUGGAUAUCAGUUCAACCCAUUCUAGUCAUCUUAUCAGACAGCAGCACAAUGCGCCGAGCGAAGUUUCUAGUGAUCUAAGCUUCAGAAGUUCAGAUAGCAGCAUUCGAUUAGAAGAACACAUCAAGCUUCAUCAUUUACAGAAGUUACUUCAAGUGUUUAAGACGCAUACACCGACGAUCGAUGAAAAUUCAGCUCAUGAAAAAUCUCAACUCGAGCGACAUGCUGAAGCAAACGAAGAAACUGGGCAAGUGAAGCAAGGUCCAGGAAUGAUGUCUUUACAGGAAUUUAAAGCAACUAUAUCAAGUAUGCUUGGUACAUCCAGAUGGAACGAACAAAUGGAGAUGUUAUUUUAUAAGGUGGACACUGCUUGCGAUGGAUAUGUUGAUUGGAACGAGUUUUGUACUUACAUGUUGCUGCAGAUGAGGGAAUGGGAACAUAUUCAAAACUUAAAACUUAUUCCAUUUGAGUCGCAGGCAGUGGUUGGACAAAUAUUCAAUAACAAGCAAGAGACUACAACAAGAACAUUGGUUGUCGAAAACCCCACACGAAUUGUAAGCAUAAGCAAAGUUGGCACCAUCUGCGUGUGGGAUUUUGAGUUAAAGUUAUUAAAGACAUUUUCACUCGCCGCUGAUGCCGUAGAAGAUAAUCAGACAUCCUCCCGAAGAAGGUUUCACACGUGGGUAACUGACGCCAUUUAUAUGAGAAACACACAGAACAUUGCGCUCACUACAAGCAGCAGGGAAAUAUAUUUUUACGACAUCUCAACAUCCAAUUACACGAUAGAGUUUUGUUUGUACGCUAUACCAAAUGUACCAGUGUGUGCGUACUAUUGGUACAACAAGAAUGCACGUAACGGGCACUGCAAGCUUUUUUUCGGUGACGAUACAGGUUGUGCUCACAUUCUACACUUCUACGCUCCGCAGUCUCGUCUAUUUCAGAAACCGUUUAGUCCUCAACAAGGAACACAACGAGUAUACUUUAACGACCUUAAAGAUCAUCGUCAGUUUGUGUCGUACGAGAGCAUCGGUAGCAUCCAUAAUGACGUCAUGAGGAGGAUCCUUUACGUACCGCAGAGUGACGUCAUUAUAUCGUCAUCCAUGUCAUCAUCAACUUCUGUUGUGCUGAUGGACGUUAAACGAAAGAACAGGCCGUAUAUUUUCAAAGUCAACAAAGGUGCGGAAUGCUUCGACUACAGCAAGUCGUUAAAUAUUUUGGCAACCGGGAGCCUGGACCACUUGGUUCGAAUUUGGAAUCCGUAUGUUGUUGCUCGUCCCAUUGUAAUUCUACAAGGCCAUAGCACCGGUAUUUGUGAUGUAGUAAUAAACGAAGCUUAUGGCCAGAUUGUAACUUACUCAAAGGACGCGAUUAUUAAAGUUUGGGAUAUCAAAGAACAAACCUGCCUUCAAACCAUAUCUCCUAAAUUUCCUUCACUACAACUUGACCGAAUUCCAGACCACGGGGAGGUUCCGUUAAGUUUAUACGGCAGUCCUCAUAACAUCAUGAUAUUGACAUGCAAUGACAGCAUCGCUUUGCUUAAAAUGGGAAAGUUGGAGCCUAAAGCAGAGUUACCAGUCACCCAUGAAGCAGCUCUGUGUGGCGCUGCUUACAAUCCGCUUUUUCACCAGAUUGUAACGGCGAGCGACGACUCUACAGUGUCUGUGUGGGAUAUAGAAACUGGAUCAAAGUCUUUAACGUUCAGCAACGCUCAUGGCCAAGAAGAAAUUACUUGCCUAUCGUUUGACGACACUUGCAGAAGACUUUUCACUGGAGCGAGAGAUGGAACAAUAAAGGUUUGGAGCUUUCAGAACGGCAACUGCUUGCACGAGCUUGAACCAUUAGAAGAAGCCGAGGUGACCGGAGUGUUAUCUUUUCAAGACAGAACCAUCCUAGCUGUUGGGUGGAACCGUCGUAUUGUCAUUUAUGAUGAUUCGGAUCCAGAUACGGUUAACAUCAAACCAACAACUUCGUGGAAAGCUGGACAACUUCAUCAGGAUGAUAUCUUGGCGGUGGCACACUGCCCACCCAACUUGCUUGUAACAGCCAGCUAUGACGGAUGUAUCAUUGUUUGGAAUGAAGAAACACAGCAGAUAUAUUUAACGCUCAGAGAAGGAAAGAGUCAACGCGGAGGUCAGCCAUCCAGACCAGUCGACACUCUGUUGUGUUUACCGGAACGAAUGUGUCACUUACAGAAAAAACGAACAAUCCUUAUUAGCAGUGAAUCUGGUUAUUUAUAUUGGUGGUGCCUUUUUGGAAGGAAUGCUUUAUUAGGUUAUUUUCGUGCAACUGAGCAUGUGGAUGCUUCUAUACUGUCCAUGUGUUCCGCAGUAAAUGAUAAGUUUCUUGUAACAGUUGAUACUGUUGGUGAACUUACAGUAUGGGAUGUUCGGAACUAUUGCAUCGGUGAUUCAGAAUCGGAACCUGAAACUAUCUUCCCGCCAAUUUUAUACAAAUGGAAAGCACACGACAGCGCGAUUGUCAGCGUAGAUUUUAUUGAGCACGAAUUUAAUAAAAUGUUGGUAACAGCAUCCACUGACAAAACCGCUCGUUUGUGGACGCUAGAGGGUCGAUUUAUUGGAACAUUUGGCCAAAAGAAAAAGUGGAAUUUAAAACGGCCUGCGACUUAUCAAUACCCCCUAAAUCCUUGGGGUGAAAGAAUUUUGAUUCCCGAGCCUUCAUAUCAACAACAUUGUGCGGAUGAAGAAGAACAGACAUCUGAUGGAAACAAAUUAGCCGACAGUGGGAGAUUGAACGGUGAUGGUUCAACCGAUGACGAAUUGUCCUCUAUCAACGAAAAAGGCAUGAAAGGUGAUAACGAAAACAACGUAAAAACAGAAGACGAAACAUGGUUUCAUAAUGAUGAUGUUGAUCAGAGUGCCUAUGUUACCGUUCCUACAUCUGUUACCCAAGAUGAGAAUAGCGAUCUAACGAAACACUUUGGAAAAAAUAGACACAAUUCUCGUCGCAUGACAACACAUCCGAUGGAGGAUCCAAAUGAGAAACACCUUCCGAAAUUGCGUGAACGUUAUAUAGAGAGUCGAUCGAUUACAUUCGCAAACUUCCACACCAAUAAAAAAGAACAAAUUCUUGGCCUGCGUGCGGAACAACUGCUUAACAAAAGAAGCGUAACUCGACAACAGAGGCGCUAUAGAGUCGGUUACAUAGACAAGGACACCACAGCACGGUUUGGAAACCUCUGUUCUCCCUUUCAAGCUUUGGCAAUCCGGGAAACGGAAUCCGUUUCAUUUAAAGAAGAAAUGCCGAUGACGCAACGAAUGGUUGAGAAAGGUUUACGCUGCAACAACGAAGAUGAUCUGCAUAAAAUGCCACUAAAUCAUCUUUAUGAAUAUCAUGAUAGCGACGGACUCAAUGCUCAACAAGGAAAACGACGAUCUAACCAAGUACCGCAUCGUCGUAACCAUACUCUACCGCCUCUGCAUUCACCAGCAGCUGAAAUUACUUCUUCAGUACCCUGAUAACACCAGCACAGCAAGAACAGCUCGCCAGAGAAAAAUCCCAGUUGUUACGUAUAAUUAGUGUAGUUUUGUGUUUUUCCCUCUAAAUAAUGAAGUUAUUCUCAACACAUUGCUUUUGGCGGAUGUAUUUAAAAAAACGAUUUUUAUGUUAACAGUAUAUAGCUCUUUAGUAGCUUAAUAUUCUUUGUUUUUUACCAAAUAAACGAGAAAAGAGAAUGAAAACAUGAUUAACCGUCUUAUACCCCUCCCUACUGUACAGCAAUAUUCAGAGACAUAAACGUGCUACACAAAUCGAAUGUCGUACAUUUUAUGCCGUUUUUACUUGUUCUUUCGCAUUAUCUUGCGUGUAAACUACCGACGGCCCAUGACUACAUGUUUAUAUAAAGGUUUGAGCAGAAACCACCACCAAUGCGAUCGAUGGUACAAUAGCGGUAGCAUAUUUGUGCAUCAUGUUGCUUUUUUAGUGUAUUUUUGUUUGAUAUAUAGCACGCAGACACUGUUUUACAGUCAUAAAACAGGUCAUUUAAUUAACAUUCUACGACCUUUGAUUGUUUUCUUAUAGUGAUCAAACUUUAAUUAAAAAUCUGUUUUUGUUAUUUCGCAUGUACUUUCAUUUUAAAUCUUAAUACAAAAUCUGGUUAGUAUUGCUCGCGAAUGAAGUAAAAUCAGAUCAACAAUAAAACAUAAUAAUAUAUCGAUAA